ACCAUGUCGGGUACUGACGCCAAAUUUCCCAUCGACCUCAAACAGCUCAAGCAGCUGAAGCUCGACCCGAGCAAUCCCCAACUCACCGAUGAGCAACUCUCAACGCUCAAGCACAACAUUCAGCUGAUGCGGGAUGCCAUCGUGCUCUUUACUGCCACUGGUGCGGCGCGCGGGGUCAGCGGGCAUACUGGCGGUGCAUAUGACACAGUGCCUGAGGUUAAUAUGCUGUUAUCUCUCUUCAACCACUCAAAUAAAUUCGUGCCAAUCCUGUUUGACGAAGCCGGUCACCGUGUCGCUACGCAGUACCUUGUUUCCGCCAUCGACGGACACAUCCCCCCUGAGCAUCUUCUUCACUAUCGUGAAGCAAACUCCAAGCUCCCUGGUCAUCCUGAGCUCGGUCUCACUCCUGGAGUCAAAUUCUCGUCCGGCCGUCUCGGUCACGUCUGGCCAUGGAUCAACGGUGUCGCCCUCGCUAACCGUGACAAAACUGUCUUUUUGCUCGGCUCUGACGGUUCUCAGCAAGAAGGCAAUGAUGCUGAGGCUGCCCGUCUCGCCGUCGCUCAGAACUUGAACAUCAAGCUGAUCAUCGAUGACAAUGACGUCACCAUCGCCGGACACCCCUCUGAGUACUUGAAGGGCUAUGACAUCGGCAAGACCUUGGCUGGUCACGGCCUCAAGGUUGUCACCGUCCAAGGAGAAGACACCGCCGCCCUCUGGUCCGCCUUGGUCGAAGUCAUCAACUACGAUGGCCCUGCUGCCGUUAUUGCCAAGCGCCUGAUGGCUCCUGGUAUUGCCGACAUAGAGGGUACCCCUCACGGUCACGAUGUCGUCCCCGUCAAAGCCGCCCUUAAGUACUUCGAGGCUCGCGGAUUCCCUGCCGAGUUUGCUGGUAACAUCCUCAACAACAUCAAGCCGUAUGCUCUUCCCUACCUCUAUAUCGGCUCAACCAAGGAGCUUGGCGCUAACCGUGUCAUUUUCGGUGAAGCGGUAAAUGGUGUACUCGACAAGCUCGGGAAGGAAGAGGCCGCCAAGAAGGUUAUGGUCAUCGACAGCGACCUUGAGGGUUCUACUGGCCUGAAGGUCAUCCACCAGAAACACCCAGAGGUUUUCAUUCCGUCUGGUAUCAUGGAGCGCGGCAACUUCAGCGCUGCCGCCGGCUUCGGUUUCGACAAAGACAAGUUCGGUGUCUUCUCGACCUUCGGCGCUUUCUUGGAGAUGGUCAUCUCCGAGAUUACCAUGGCACGCCUCAACUUCUGUAACGUUCUCUGCCACUUCUCGCACUCCGGUGUUGACGAGAUGGCGGACAACACCUGUCACUUCGGUAUCAACCACUUCUUCGCCGACAACGGUCUCGCUGACACCGAGUCAUAUCUCUACUGGCCUGCGGAUGGCGCCCAGAUGAUCAAGAUCGUCGAACGCGUUUUCUUCGAGCGUGGCCUUCGCUUCGUUUUCUCCACUCGUUCUAAGGUCCCCUACAUUCUCAAGGAGGAUGGCCAGACCCGCUUGUUUGGUGACAACUACCAGUUUGUUCCUGGCAAGGACGAGGUCAUUGCUGAGGGAACCGCGGGAUACGUCGUCUCUUUCGGGGACAUGGUCUACCGCUCUUGGGAUGCUGUCCUUCGCUGCAGACAGGAGGGUCUCAACGUUGGUCUGAUCAACAAGCCGACGCUCAACAUUGUCGAUGAGGAGACGAUCAGGAAGGUUGGUUCCAGCCCCUUCGUCCUCGUUGUGGAGUCCUUGAACCAGAAGACUGGUCUCGGGUUGAGGUUCGGUACCUGGCUCUUGGAGCGUUCUCUCACGCCCAAGUACGCCUACAUGGGCACCAACAAGGAGGGCUGUGGCGGCCUUACCGAGCAGAUCCCCCACCAGGGUCUCGACCCCCAAUCGAUCAUCCUCAAGAUCCGCCAGCUUUCGCAGGGAUCCCAGAGGGCGUAGACAAAAUAACAAUGUUCCUGGCGUUGUCCCAGUGUACAGUAGGAUAGAAGGAUAUUCGCUAGAAAGGAAACAGCCAAAGUGUACUUACUCACAAACAAACCAAUUGUUCUCGACGCGUAGUGCGCAGGAGACUUACGAUUGUUGUCGAAACAGCC